AUGUCAGCUCUGGGACGGAUGCGCUCCUCUGAGCUGCCGUCAUCAUCAGAUUCGGGCUCAGGCACUAGUUCUGGUGACGGCAGACGCGGUUACUACGGCGGAGCUGUCGAGGAUGAGGCGCAGAGUGUGCCCAGUCGUGGUGGCGUCUCUGCUACACCCGUCCGGCUCACCGCUAACGAGGGUGGCUUUGACACUCCAGGCGGCUUUGCAGCAGCCAAAGCCGGACUGGGUGGGCCGUCGCCCGAGCCAACGGCUGGCUUUUUCUCGACCAUCACCUUUUGGUGGCUCAACAGCCUCGUGUACUUUGGUCACAAGUUUCCGAUCAUGCAGGAAAACCUGUUCCAGCUUCGAACGGCGGACCUCUCGGCAGUCGCCUCGCGCUCGUUCGCCGCCGCUUGGCGCAACGUCAUUGUUGGCUUCAAGGCCGAGGCUGGCGACGACGCCGAGGCGCUAAAGGCCAAGGCCAAGUCGGCAUGGCCGGUCGUCAACUCGCUGCGCCACGCGUUUGGAGGCCGGUUCACUCGGGCGGCCGGCUUCAAGCUCGCGCAGGAUCUCAUCCAGUUCUCUGGCCCGCUCCUGCUCGCGCAGACUGUAACGUACGUGCAGGAUCCGUCCAAGCCGGCUUACCUCGGCUACCUCUACCUCAUCCAGACCAUGUGCAUCAACCAGUACUUCCACCAGUGCUUCCGUAGCGGCAUGCACGUCCGCUCGGCCCUUGUCGGCGCGGUCUACGCCAAGGCGCUCAAGCUCUCGUCGCAAGCCCGCGCAGGCUACACCGCUGGCGAGAUCACCAACCUCAUGUCCAAUGACGUCUCGCGCGUCCAGGCCAUGGCCCAGUUCCUCCACCUCACCUGGUCGUGCCCGCUGCAGAUUGUCAUUGCUCUCUCUCUCCUCUUCCGCGCCAUCGGCUGGUCGGCGCUGGCCGGCGUCUUUAUCAUGGUCGCACUUGUUCCCAUCCAGACCCGAAUCGGCAAGAAGCUCUCCGGCCUCCGCUCGCGCCUGGUCAAAUUCACCGACGCCCGCGUCAUGGCCAUGAACGAAAUUCUGCAGGGCAUCCGUAUCCUCAAGUUCUACGGGUGGGAGAAGGAGUAUGAGGACAAAGUCCACGGCCUCCGCGCCGACGAGACCGCCGUCCUCCAGACCCAAGCCAACUACAACGCCGUCAACUACUUUGUCAUGCUCUCUUCCAUGCUCAUGGUCUCGUCUACCACGUACAUUGUUUAUGCGUUUACCCAUGACCCGCUCGAGCCGGGGGCAAUCUUCUCGUCCAUGGCUCUCUUUGGCCUCCUCUGGUUCCCGAUCUCGUUCUUGCCCAACGUUAUGAACAUGCUCAUCGAGACUGUUGUCGCUGUCCGCCGCCUCUCCGCCUUUCUUAAUGCUGAUGAGCUGCCGCAGCAGUUUGGCCAAACUCGUGAGCCGCUCCCGUACCUCAUGCCGUCGCCGUCGUCGGCAGCAGCCACAACCGCUGCUGCCGACCGAUCAGCAGCAGCCAUGGCGCCUCGCGGCGCCAUCUCGGUCACCGACGGCGUCUUUACCUGGGAGCCAGAAUCGGCCGUUCCCACUCUCGCCGACGUCUCGCUCACAAUCGCUCCCGGCUCGCUCGUCGUAGUCGUCGGCCGCGUCGGUUCGGGCAAGUCGACGCUGCUCUCGGCGCUCCUCGGCGAAGUCCCGCGCCGCUCCGGCUCAGUCCAGGUAUCAGGCUCGGUCGCGUACGCACCGCAGGAGGCAUGGGUCAUGAAUGCCACCCUCAUGGACAACGUGCUCUUUGGCCGCAAGGACGAGUACAACGACGACUGCGCCGCACACGGCUCCGCUGCAGCACCCAUGGUCGACAAGUACGUCGAGACGCUCCGCGCCACCGCUCUCCUCCCGGACCUUGCUAUCUUGCCGGCUGGCGACUCGACCGAGAUCGGUGAGAAGGGCAUCAACCUGUCUGGUGGGCAAAAGGCCCGCGUUGCGCUCGCCCGCGCUGUCUUUGCUGACACAGACAUUGUGCUCCUCGACGACCCGCUCUCGGCCGUCGACGUCCACGUCGGCAAGCACAUUUUCGAGCACGCCAUUCUUGACCCGAGCGUGCUUGGCCGGAAGACUCGUGUUCUCGUCACCCACCAGCUCCAGUACCUGCCGUCUGCCGACCUUGUUGUCGUCGUCGACGCUGGUUCAAUCCAGCACGUUGGCACCUACCAGGACCUCCUCGCCCAGGGUGUCGACUUUGUUUCCAUUGCCGAGGCUAACGAGGCUGCGUCGCCCGGCCUCGACGACGCUGUCUCGCCUGAGCUCAGCUUUGCACCCCUCGACGGCGGCGAUUCGACGGUCGAGCUCGACACCUCGGAGGUCCUCGCCGCGCUCGCCGAGGCCGACGCCAAGCCGGUCGAGGAACUCAAGGGCGUGACCAUCGGUCCGUCGCUCGGUGUCGGCUCGGCCGACGACGAGACCAAGUCGACUGGCGCCGAAUCUGAGGCUGGUCCAUCCGGCUCGCUCAUGACGACCGAGGAGCGCAACACCGGAGCCGUCAAGUGGCGCGUCUACCUCUACUAUCUCCGCGCCUUUGGCGGCGUCGUCUUUGGCAUCGUUGUUCUCGUCCUCUUUAUAGCCGCCGAGGCCACUCGUGUCUCGCAGGACUACUGGCUUGCCAAGUGGUCGUCCGACACGCAUGCGCCUCUCUCCAAGUACCUUCCGACAUACGUAAUCCUCGGCCUCUCCAACACGCUCCUCCUCCUCGCGCGGUCACUGCUCUUUGCACGCGCCGGCGUUGCGGCCUCGCGGGCCCUCCAUUCGCGGCUCUUUGCCAACAUCCUCCGCGCACCGAUGUCGUUCUUCGACACCACGCCCAUUGGCCGCAUCCUCUCGCGGUUCUCAAAGGACAUCGACUCGAUCGACAACUCGCUGCCCAAGACCCUGCACUCGCUCGGUGGCACGCUCUUCCGCUGCCUCGCCACGCUCAUCCUUGUCGCUGUCAUCAUCCCAUGGUUCCUCAUUCCGUGCGUCCCGGUCAUUUUUGCCUACGGCGUGGUCCAGCAGUACUACCGUCGCACCUCGCGCGAGCUCAAGCGGCUCGACUCGGUCUCGCGCUCACCGGUCUAUGCCCUCUUCUCGGAGACCAUCACCGGCGCGCCGACCAUCCGCGCCUAUGCGCUCGAGGAGCACUUUGAAGCCGCGUCGGCUAAAACCGUCGACAACAACCACCGCGCGUACAUCCUCUCCAUGGCCUCCAACCGCUGGCUCUCGGUCCGUCUCGAGCUCCUCGGCAACCUGCUGGUCGUUUUCACCGCCAUGCUCUGCGUGGUGGAGCGCGGCAAGAUCGACCCUGGUCUCGUCGGCCUCACCAUCGCCUACACCCUCCGCAUCACCGACUCGCUCAACUGGACGGUCCGCAUGGCUACCCAGGCCGAGGUCGAGUCCAACUCGGUCGAGCGCAUCAUGCACUACACCCUCAAUGUUGACUCGGAGCCGCCGGCCGUCGUCCACGAGUACCGCGCCCCGCCCGGCUGGCCACACCGCGGCGCCGUCGAGUUCAACAACGUCACCAUGCGCUACCGGCCCGAUCUCGAGCCCGCGCUCCGCGACUGCUCGUUCCGCAUCGACCCAGGCACCAAGGUCGGCGUCGUUGGCCGGACCGGCGCAGGAAAGUCGUCGCUCAUCCUCUGCAUCUUCCGCCUCGUCGAGCUCUCCGAGGGCAACAUCAUCAUCGACGACAUGAACAUCUCCCGCAUGGGUCUCGACGACCUCCGGCGCUCCAUCGCCAUCAUUCCGCAGAACCCAGUUCUCUUCUCCGGCACCAUCCGCACCAACCUCGACCCGUUCAACAACCACUCGGACGAGGAGCUGUGGGAGGCGCUCGAGCGGGCUCACCUCGACGCCACCAUCCGCGCCACGCCCGAAGGCCUCGCGGCCCCUGUUUCGGAAAACGGUGAAAACUACUCGGUCGGCGAGCGCCAGCUCCUCUGCCUUGCUCGCGCUCUCCUUCGCCACUCGUCUAUCGUCAUCAUGGACGAGGCUACCUCGGCCGCAGACGUCGUCACUGAUCAGCUCAUCCAGACCACCGUCCGCUCCGAGUUCCGCCAUGCCACCGUCAUCUGCAUCGCCCACCGCCUCAACACCAUCAUGGACUCGGACCGCAUCCUGGUCAUGGACUCGGGAGCCGUCCGCGAGUUUGACUCGCCCGCAGCGCUCAUCGACAACCCGGACUCGGUCUUUGCCGAGAUGGUCGCCGAGUCGGGCGACGCUGCCUUUCUGCGCGCAAUCGCCCGCGGUGAAGCCGACCCGCUUGCCGCCAUCGGCAGCGCAGCCACAAGCACUACGAUGUAA